UGGGGGGCGGGGCCCGCGGGUCACGUGCCGGGCCUCCCGCGCACAGCUGGAGGCGGUGCUCGUCCUCCCCACGAGCCGUGGAGCCCGUGGCGCGCGGGGCAUUGUGGGCCGAGGGGCGGGGGUUGGGAAGAUGGCGGCUCCCAGCCUCCUUAACUGGAGGCGGGUUUCCUCCUUCACCGGGCCGGUGCCCCGCGCCCGGCACGGACACCGAGCCGUGGCCAUCCGGGAACUGAUGAUCAUCUUCGGCGGGGGCAACGAGGGCAUCGCGGACGAGCUGCACGUUUAUAACACCGUUACAAAUCAGUGGUUCCUCCCAGCUGUUAGAGGAGACAUCCCUCCAGGCUGUGCAGCCCAUGGAUUUGUCUGUGAUGGGACUAGAAUCCUAGUGUUUGGGGGAAUGGUUGAAUAUGGAAGAUACAGCAACGAGUUAUACGAGUUACAAGCAAGUCGUUGGUUAUGGAAAAAAGUGAGACCCCAGCCCCCCCCUUCUGGUUUACCUCCUUGUCCUCGGCUUGGACAUAGCUUCUCUUUGUAUGGUAACAAAUGCUAUUUGUUUGGAGGUUUGGCAAAUGAAAGUGAAGAUUCAAAUAAUAACGUCCCCAGGUAUUUAAAUGAUUUCUAUGAGUUGGAGCUACAGCAUGGUUCUGGUGUUGUGGGCUGGAGCAUUCCAGCCACCAAAGGCAUUGUGCCUUCUCCAAGAGAAUCCCAUACUGCUAUUAUAUAUUGUAAGAAAGACUCUGGGAGUCCUAAGAUGUAUGUUUUUGGUGGAAUGUGCGGUGCUCGUCUGGAUGACCUAUGGCAGCUUGAUUUAGAAACUAUGUCAUGGUCAAAACCAGAAACUAAAGGGACAGUGCCACUUCCACGGAGCCUUCAUACAGCCAGUGUUAUAGGAAACAAGAUGUACAUUUUUGGUGGAUGGGUUCCACAUAAAGGUGAACAUACUGAGACUUCUCCCCAUGAUUGUGAAUGGAGGUGCACCAGCUCGUUUUCUUACCUAAAUCUAGAUACAGCAGAGUGGACUACUCUAGUAUCAGAUUCUCAGGAAGAUAAAAAAAAUUCAAGACCAAGACCAAGAGCAGGACACUGUGCUGUCGCGAUUGGCACUCGGUUAUACUUUUGGAGUGGAAGAGAUGGCUACAAAAAAGCACUUAAUAGUCAAGUUUGCUGCAAGGAUCUUUGGUAUCUUGAUACUGAGAAACCUCCAGCGCCAUCACAAGUCCAGUUAAUCAAAGCUACUACCAACUCUUUCCAUGUCAAGUGGGAUGAAGUGCCUACGGUGGAGGGCUAUCUUCUGCAGUUGAAUACUGACUUGACAUACCAAGCUACAUCGUCUGAUUCUUCAGCAGCACCAACUAUGCUAGGAGGCAGGACGGACCCUCACAGACAAGGCAGUGAUCGCAUUCUUCAUAACAGUGUUAGUGAUACAGUAAACAGUACAAAAACUGAACACACAGCUGUGAGAGGAACUGCACUGAAAAGCAAACCAGACUUGAGAGCAGCAGAUUCUAGUGCUGCUUUACACUCACCAUUGGCACCUACUGCUUCCAAUAACAACAGCUGCAUGACUGAUAUGCUGUGGAAGAAUGAAGUUGAUGAAAUCUGUGCUCUGCCUGCAACUAAGAUCAGCCGUGUAGAGGUGCAUGCUGCAGCCACACCAUUCUCUAAAGAGACACCUUCAAAUCCAGUGGCCAUUUUGAAAGCAGAGCAGUGGUGUGAUGUGGGAAUAUUUAAAAACAAUACAGCUUUGGUGAGCCAGUUUUAUUUGCUACCAAAAGGAAAACAAAGUAUAUCAAAGGUAGGAAAUGCAGACGUACCUGACUACAGUUUGCUUAAGAAACAGGAUCUUGUUCCAGGAACAGUAUAUAAAUUCAGGGUCGCUGCAAUCAAUGGCUGUGGAAUAGGCCCUUUUAGUAAAAUAAGUGAAUUUAAAACGUGUAUCCCUGGUUUUCCUGGAGCUCCGUCUACAGUCCGCAUUUCUAAGAAUGUUGAAGGUAUCCACCUUUCCUGGGAGCCUCCAACUUCCCCUUCUGGAAAUAUUCUGGAAUAUUCAGCCUACUUGGCCAUCCGCACAGCACAGGUGCAAGAUAAUCCAAGCCAACUUGUGUUCAUGAGGAUCUACUGUGGUCUUAAAACCUCAUGUAUAGUGACUGCUGGGCAGCUGGCAAAUGCGCAUAUUGAUUACACAUCCAGACCUGCCAUUGUGUUCAGAAUAUCAGCAAAGAAUGAAAAGGGCUAUGGACCAGCCACACAAGUCCGAUGGCUUCAAGAGGUUGUGAGGUCUGAACUAGGCCAGUCUUGGAAGCAAGCACGCUUGCCCACGGAGCCAUCUCACCACUGUUUCUUCUGUCUCAUGGCUGUGCUAUGGAAGCCCAAGGUAGACCCUCCUAAGUAAUUAAAUGAGAACGUUAAAGGUAACUGGAUUUCUUUAGCUCACCAAGGCAAUACGGCAUGUUUUCAAGAAGGGAAAACUGAGAAGCAAAUACAGCUUUCACACCAGUGUACUAAAUACCAAAAUCAGGAUAUUUAAGUCCUGUGCACUGCUUGUGACUUAAAUAUAAAACCCCACUCUUAACCAAAAAAGAAGUA